UGCCAUUUUUAAAGUAAAAUAUAUUUGCUUCGAUUUGAAUAAAUCUUGUUCGUUUGAUCUGUUUCGGCAUGAAGCUAUAUUGCUAGCUAACGCGCAAGCUAUGGCUCGGUUUUUUACUUGUACGUGGUGAAGUGGAUCACCGUUCACCCUUAAACAUUGUCUGUGGUUAAACAUACAUUUUGGGCUUGGCAACAUUUGCCAAAAAUAGUCUACAUUGUCUGUGAUUGUUAUUUCACUUUGGUUCCGAUGUCGAAAUAACAGUGAAAGUCAUUAGAAAUUAAUAAUAAUCCAUCGAAAAUGAAUAAAUUAAAAUCGUCACAGCGGGACAAAGUAAAAAAGUUCGUCGCAUUUACGCAGACCAGCGAGAUGACAGCCAUAUACUGUUUAUCCCAGAAUGACUGGAAACUGGACUUGGCGAGCGACAACUAUUUUCAAAACCCUGAAGCAUAUUACAAAGACCCCGUGAAGUCGUCAGUGGAUAGAAAAAAGUUAGAACAACUGUUCACAAAAUAUAGAGAUCAGCAUGAAGUUGAUAAAAUCACAGUAGAUGGAGUUAUGAAGUUCCUUGAAGACCUUAAUCUUAGCCCUGAAUCUAUUUUAGUUUUGAUAAUAGCAUGGAAAUGUAAGGCAGCAGUGCAGUGUGAGUUUUCAAAAGACGAGUUUAAUACUGGUCUUCUAGAACUGGGGGUUGAUAGCAUAGAAAAAUUAAAAGCAAAACUACCAACUUUGGAAACUGAAAUAAAAGAUGUGAACAAAUUCAAAGAUUUUUAUCAGUUCACGUUUAAUUAUGCUAAAAAUCCUGGUCAGAAAGGAUUGGAAUUGGACAUGGCAAUAGCAUAUUGGAAUAUAGUGCUCCGUGGGAGGUUUAAGUUUCUUGAUGCCUGGUGCAAGUUUCUCACGGACAACCACAAGCGUUCCAUACCUAAAGACACAUGGAAUCUCCUGUUAGACUUUGCAACACAAAUAGAUGAUGGUAUGAGCAAUUAUGACGCUGAAGGGGCAUGGCCGGUCCUCAUUGAUGACUUCGUUGAAUGGUGUCAGAAACAAGGUCUCACCGCGGAUGGGGUCAAAGCACUAGAACCGGCAUCCGGCUAGCUGAUACUCAAUAGCUACCAUCAGUAUGAAGCGAGAUUGGAAGACUCAAUUAUUGAUGUUGAAUACUGUGACGAGACACAUGCCACAGGACUUAAAGCAUGCAUCAUAUUGAUCCUCUCUCGCUUUGUGCUCUAUGGUCUGAAGCUGUGUACAGUUGAGUGGCUUGCCAUCGUAAUUGUGUUUGAGUUGUGCAGCUGACUAAUUCACAGAACUCUUUUGAAUUCUUUCAAAUUAUGAUUAGUCUAAACAGUGAAGUGACCAUAGUGGUUAUUCACUAAUUUGUAUUGCGGAAUCUGAAGUUUAAAACAAAUCUACACAGAUAACAAUGUUACUAGCAUAAAAUGUGCGUUAUUACGUAAAUCUAGUUAAUUCUUGUGGAGAUAUAAAUCAAGUGCACAUUUAAUUUUAUGAUAUUUUGAUCAACAUUUGACUUAAUCGAAACUUUUAAGUUUGAAUGGAAAAUUUUUAUUUACUGCAUUUGUUUUAUAGAUGGAAAUAAGGUGUAACAUGCAAACAACCUUUGUACCUAGGUCUAAUUCUGAAAAAAGGAAUUUCCUAUCAAAUUAGCAUAGGGCUAUAGAUGACUGACACUAUAAUUCCAGAUAAAUUCCAAUUUAAUUUGGCACAGAAACUUACAGAUUCCGUGGUAUGGUCUUGUUUACUCUACUGUAUAGUGCUCUCAAAAGUUUCGUCCGUUAGGUAAAAUUUUCGUGUAGAUACUUGUUGAUUCAAUUUCCCUUUAUUACCUUUUUAGGGUAUACUUGGAGGAAAAUAUCUUUUCCUAUUAAAGAUGUAUAAGAUAUUUUAAAUGUUUUUCGAAUUUUCAACAAGGUUCUCUUACGUUAUAGAAUAGUACAUCGUAAAAGUAUAAAAUUAAGAUGUAAAUAUGUAUAUACACAUUAUGAUAUUACGGUUUUAGUGUUAAAGCUUAGAUUUUUUUUUCUUCUGUUUUUUCGUCAGCUCUUAAGCUUUGAUUAAAAGUGCUGUUACUUAGUUUAAUGUCAUAAAAUGCAAAUGGAUAAAAAUUUUCGCAAUGUCCCAUAAAUAUCUGGCGUUUUUUUUUUUAAAUAAUACAUCAAUUAUUUUCAUCUGGUACAGUUUUUAUGGCUGCAGUGCUAUUGGGUCGUUUAGUGCAAUUUUAUUUUUUAAAUGUUUGCAUAAUUCAUUUGCAAUUUUUUUAUGAAGGACUGUUGAAAUUAUUUAAAAACAUAAAUUACCUCUAUUAGAAUGUGAGAUGCCUUGUACAACACACGACUAAUAAAAUGUGACAACAUAUGGAACUAAGCGUGACCUGUGAUUACCGAUUAAUAAUAAUAUUAGUGUUACGGACGUUUUCUAUACGAAAACCCAUCAAAUAGAACAAAUUCAUCUUGGCAGAAGCUUCUUACUUCUAAAAUCCACAUAAAAAAAACAUUAACAUAUUUUUUAAAGCUAAUCAGGCUUAAUACACUAAAGUGGUGAUUUUAUUUUAAUUUUUUAACAUUCGCAUCAAGUAUUUUUCAAUUGAUGUUUAUAGAAAGUGCUUUUAGUAAUAACAUUGAAUCAUAAUUACUGUUUGGUACUUAGAUUUUAAUGUACAAAAGAUGAAAUUGAUGUAUUGAGUAUUAAAUUACAAUAAAUUGUUAAUUAAA